GGGAGUAAGGAACUCGGCUCGCGGGCUAUUGCAAUUAUCCUUAUUAUUGUUAACGAGAUGAGAAAUGAGUAGUAGUCGCUCGAGUUGAGUCAAGAGGUUAGUAAAGUCGGUUGAAGGAAAAUGUGUUCGCUACGAAGAUUUUCAUUUUCCAUGUGGAAAAGGUUUAUUCAUUAUCGAGCGCAGCCCGAGCACAAAUUCGAAUGGAUACGGCCUACUGGACAUAAAACAAAUAUUCUUGUAUAUAAUCCUAUAACAAGGGUCAAAACACCCCUGAUCUUAAGAAACCAUAAUGUUAUUACGUGGUACAUGUGUGGACCAACUGUCUAUGAUACAUCUCACAUUGGUCACGCCUGUACAUAUGUGAGAUUUGAUAUUAUUCGGAGAAUAUUGUCGGAAGUUUUCAACUACAAUGUUGUAUAUGUAAUGGGAAUGACGGAUAUCGAUGACAAAAUAAUUAAUAAAUCAAACGAAUGUGGUGAAAGCUGCCAAAGUAUUACGCAUCGUUAUGAGAAUGAAUUUUUUGCAGAUAUGGAUUCUUUGAAUGUUUUGAGACCGUUGGUAACAUGUAAGGUGACCAAUUAUAUCUCAGAAAUUGUAGCGUUUAUAGAACAGAUUUUCAGUAAAAAUGGAGCUUAUGUAGGAAAAGAUGGUUCUGUAUAUUUUGAUACCUGUAAAUAUUUGAAUUAUGGAAAAUUGAAACCUCCGCAAGUAGAGGGAUUUGAUGCUAAUAAAAAAUCGCCUUUGGAUUUUGCAUUGUGGAAAAUAUCAAAGCAAAAUGAGCCAUUUUGGGAAAGUCCUUGGGGUCGAGGUAGACCAGGUUGGCACAUCGAAUGUAGCGCUAUAGCUAGCACAAUAUUAGGUGAUAAUAUUGACAUACAUAGCGGAGGAAUAGAUUUAUCGUUUCCGCAUCAUGAGAACGAAGAGGCCCAAUCCUGCUGUUAUCACGAUGUCGAUCAGUGGGUUAAUUAUUGGUUACACACGGGCCAUUUGCAUUUAGAAGGGGACACAAAAAUGUCAAAAAGUUUACAAAAUACCAUAAGCAUAUCUAGCUUAUUAAAUAUUUGUACAGCCAAUCAGUUUAGAAUGUUAUGUCUGCUCAGCGAUUAUAAAAAAAAUGUUGUAUUCUCGAAUGACUUAGUCGAAAAAGCAAGUACAAUUCUGAAAAAAAUUGAAUUUUUUCUAUGCGAUUGUAAAGCCUAUUAUUCAGGAAAAUAUGAAAUGUGGGAUAUAGAUGCAUCGAAGUUACUUAGCUGUCUGGAUGAGACUAAAGCGCAAAUCAAUGCUGCAUUUGCAAAUGAUUUUAAUACACCAAAAGUUAUAGCAGAAAUUUUAAUAUUAAUUUCAACUGCAAAUAAAAUGAUGAAAUCAGAAAAGACAACAACCGCAGCAAGGAGUAUUGAAACUGUUGCCGCAGUAUCAAAUUAUAUACAAUCUAUUUUUGCAAAAUUAGGCAUAUCUUAUUUGAAAACCUCCGAUAUGAAUAAUAAUAUUUCUAACAUAUUAGACACUUUAGUGGAAUUCAGACGUAAUGUUAGAAAUAAAUCUUUAAUGGCAAAUACAAAGGAUAUUGAAUUAUUGAAGCUCUGCGACGAUGUUAGAACAAAAUUAACUAGUUGCGGCGUUGAAAUAAGGGUAAAAGAUUUCAUUUUGACCAUCGUCAAGAAUCCUCUUGGAUAUUAA